GCACUAUUGACAGUCGCGCUCUGAGUCCUGGAACGCUCCUCAGCUGUUGACAUUACCGAACAGGCGCUCUAUGGACAGAGAGGAAAGGCUUUGUUCACCUUUAUAGUUUAAAACUCUUGUUAUUUGUCGUCCAUUCGGUCAGCAUGGCUGUAGCUGAAGCAGUGAUGCCUGCCGUGACAUCGUUUGCAAGUGUCCAGGGGAUGGAAGGAAAACAGUUCGACAAUCUGCGUAAGGUGGACGAGUGCGCACGGAGCGGCGCAGACAACCCGCUCAUCGAAGUGGAGUUCAGCAUCGUGCAGACUCCUGCUUUGCCUCCCAAGGACGACGACGAGCUGGGAAAGUUCUUGGACCUGGAGUUCAUCUUGUCGAACACCAUCGGCUCCGACGUUGGAAGCACCAGCAGCACCGGGGGCAUUUCCCCGCAGCAGUGCGCGUAUUCCCUGCCGGAGUCUCCGGAGAGCUGCAGCGGUAGCUCCGUGCCAGACUGCAGCGACCACAAUCCCUCUCACCUGGCCGCACAGAGCUACCACGGCACCGUGAGCUUCACAGGUGGUGCGGGCCCAGUCCGCAGUCUCAUGGCGGAGCUUCUCACAUCAGAGAUGAAUUACCCCGGGGACAGUUCACCAGACAGCGCUGGCAAGGCAAGAGACGUGCGGGAGUACACCGAACUGCAAGCGCUGACUCCCGCUCACCACCAAGUGGCCACCUCUCCUCCACCGCUUGGAUACAAAAUUAAAACCGAGCCUGUGGGUCAGCCUUGUAUGAUGGCUGCUGCUGCGGGGGACUUUAUGGGACAGAUGUAUGAGAGACAGCCGAUGCGCUCCGUGCACCCAGCAACUUUUACGCACCACCAGACUGCAGUUCCAGGUGCGCUGCAAGGUUUCGGUGCGCACCCCAUGCAGCAUCCGGCACCUCAUGGACCCACAGACUGCCACCUGACGCAGAUUAACUCUAUGAGCUCCCAUCAUCCGAAUCAACACCAUCUCCAGAACCAGUACAUGAACGCGCCCUACCAGCCGCAGUACGCACAGCCGAGUUUGUCCCAUUUCCAAGGGCAGUACAGCAUGCACAGAGACCCUGUCCGCGUCCACCAGCAGCAUCAUCCGGCUUCUAUGCAGGGGCUCAUGCUAACCCCUCCGUCGUCGCCGUCGUUGCUGGAGUUUUACGCGCACGAUGACGUGGGGAGCAUGAAACAGAAGAGAGGCCGCAGGUCGUGGGCCAGAAAACGCGCCGCGACGCACAGCUGCGAGUUCCCUGGCUGUGGGAAAACCUACACCAAGAGCUCCCACCUCAAGGCCCAUUUGAGAACACACACAGGUGAAAAGCCCUACCACUGUAACUGGGACGGCUGCGGCUGGAAGUUCGCCAGGUCAGAUGAGCUGACCCGUCACUUCAGGAAACACACCGGACACCGACCUUUUCAGUGUCACCUGUGCGAGCGAGCGUUUUCCCGUUCAGACCACCUGGCUCUCCACAUGAAGAGGCACAUGUAGGCCACGUUACAUUCAUGGACACAUCUGUAUCCAAAUCCACCGUGAGAUCAUGCCUGGGGCAUCCCAGAAUAUGCACGAGAUGGUCCCCCACUGUUGGAAAUUUCUUGCAUCCCUGUAGAGACAAGUAUGUUUGUGGUGCCUUGAUGGGGAGUUUAAGCAACCUCCAUCCUACCAACAUUCAUGGCGUUUGAUCCCCUGAGGUACCACAAAUGUAUUCCCAUAGGAACCUCUUUUUCAAAAGUGCCUUUUCAUCUGAAAAAAGCAACUGUUGGUUGUACAUAUCUGUGGAUAUAUGAAUAACUUUGGCUAAAUUAUAGUAGCUUGUAUUUAAGACAUUUCUUCACUCUGUCUUUUAAGUAAGUUAUUGAGUGUUAGCAAGUGCCUUGACAAGAUUCUGCAUUUGCUUCCCAAAAGGGGAAAACACAUUGUGGGCAGGACCCCGAAUUUUGUAUAUAUAUGUAAAUUGUAUUUUUGUAAUGUUUACAUCUUAUAUCUUUGAUACUACUCAAUUCAGGUCAGGGUUUUUGUUUUUUGUUUUUUUUGUUUUUGGAAAAUUUCUCAUCAUUCUUUUUUUUUUUUGUUGGUCUGCACGAUAGACAUUAUAGCUUACUUAAGCAUUCAGGCUUCUUCUUUGUUCUGUAAAGGGUUGCUUGAGCAAUGUUAACAAAUUCAGGUACUAAAAUGGAUUUGCAGGAUCCCAAAAGUGUCACCCCACCCUCACUUCACACAAGUCAAAUGUUAUUUACAGCUCAGUGUUUUCUAGGGAUACGACACAUGUAUUUGUUUUAUGGAUGAUAUAUUUUUCUCAAGAAUGAAGAAAUCCCCUCCAACCAAUGGUUGAACUGCUGUACUUGAAAGAGAAUUACCACUCAGAUGUAUCAUUUUUCAAGAAUGCAAUUGUUUCGAUGUGCUUAAGGGCUCAGAAAAUAAAAGUACUUUUA